UCUCCCUCCCUUUCUCCCUCUCACUUCUCUGUUCAGUCGUUCCUCUCUGCAAAAGGCUUUCUAUUUCUCAGCAGGACCAGCAGGAACCUGCCUAAUCCUGUCAUUUACCCUUCACAGUAUCUACACUCCUGUUACCUUACUUUCAGAGAAGCAAUUUCCAGAUAAGCAGUGAAGGAAAGAAGAACACAGGAGAAUAGGAAGUGUUGCAAAGAAGAGUCUAAUUCUUUAUACUGGAUUACAUUUUGUAGGGUCCACUGUGUGCCACAGCUACAGCAGCUGGAAAUUAUUUACAGCCAAGAGCCAGAGCUGGAAAUUACAACGAUUCUUCUUCGCCAGUAGGUGGCAGUAAUUGUGGUAGUCACCAUAUGUCAAGCAGCCAUAAAGUCUCGAGCAAACAGCUAUGCGUUCCCGCAGCAACAGCCUGGAGAAUGUUCUGGAAGUUAAGUCAUCUCAAGUGCGAGCUCGUUCCUGGCAACAAACAUCAGAGCCCUUGUUCACCAGUCGAGGGACUGAUCAGCCACGUCAAAAAGAACCCCUGGACAACCAAGGCAGGAUACAGCGCAACCACAAGAGCAGCAGUGGGCACAGCUGGCACAAAGAUAGGACAACAGAAUCUGGGAAGGGCAGGGACCUCUCCCGUGAUGACCUUCUCUUCCUGCUUAGCAUGCUGGAGGGAGAGCUGCAGGCCAGAGAUGAGGUGAUCACAGUGUUAAAAGCAGAUAAGAUUGAUCUGGCUCUACUGGAGGCCCAGUAUGGUUUCGUCACCCCUCAAAAAGUGCUUCAGGCUCUGCAGAGAGACACCAUACAAGGCAAGGGCUGCAGCUGGCAGGAAGACAUCUAUGAGAAGCCCAUGGCAGAGUUGGACAAAUUGGCGGAGAAGCAGAGAGAGACAUACAGACGUAUGCUGGAGCAGCUGCUUCUGGUAGAGCAGGCACACAAACAGGCACUCUGCAGGCUGGAAGAUGAGAAGCACAAUCACAGCGAGUUCAUGAAGAAGAGUGAUGAGUUCACCAAUCUGCUGGAACAGGAGAGGGAGAGACUGAAGCUGCUCAUUGAUCAAGAAAAGGCCUAUCAGGAGCGAAGAGAGGAAGAGAAUAAUAGGAAGGUCACCAAUCUUAAGGACGAGCUGACUAAGCUGAAGUCUUUUGCUCUGCUAGUUGUUGAUGAGCAGCAGCGCCUGACAGAACAGUUGGCACAGCAGACAGCCAAGGUUCAGGAGCUACAGACUUCUGCCACAAAAGGUCAAGAGGAGCUAAACUCUGCUAAUAUUCGGGCACAAGAGGAGGAAGGCAAAGUCCUGCGCUUAGAGGCUGAAUUGCGUGACCAAGCCAGUCGGUUCCACCAGGAACAGGAAGCCAUGACUGCCAAACUGACUAAUGAGGACAGCCAGAACCGACAGCUGCGUCAAAAACUAUCUACACUUAGUCGUCAGCUGGAUGAACUUGAAGAGACAAACAAGACCCUCCGAAGGGCAGAAGAAGAGCUGCAGGAGCUGAGGGAUAAAAUUAGCCGUGGGGAGUGUGGAAACUCCAGCCUAGUGUCAGAAGUGGAAGAAUUGAGGAAAAGAGUACUAGAAAUGGAAGGAAAAGAUGAGGAGUUGAUCAAGAUGGAGGAUUUGUGCAGGGACCUCAAUAGGAAGCUAGAGAAGGAGUCCAACCAAGGUCAUAGCCUGAAAGCAGAAGUGGACAAGCUGAACCACAGAAUUAUGGAGCUUGAAAAAUUAGAAGAUGCUUUUGGGAAGAGCAAGCAGGACUGCAGCUCUCUCAAAUACAAGCUAGAGAAGGAGCGUACAAUAACUAAACAUAUGUGCAAUGAACUAGAUGUUCUAAGAGUUCGGAUCAAAGAGCUAGAAGCUACUGAGAGUCAAAUGGAGAAGACUGAGUUGGUGCUGAAAGAAGAUCUUACAAAGCUGAAAACACUGACAGUAAUGCUUGUGGAUGAGAGGAAAACCUUGGCAGAGAAACUGAAACAAAUGGAAGACAAGGUGCAAAGCAGCACAGGCCAACUCCAGGCAGAACAAGAUAAAGUCACAUCAGUGACUGAAAAGCUGAUUGAAGAGAGUAAGAAGGCCUUACGGUCCAAAGCAGAGCUAGAGGAAAAGAUGUGCAUUGCCACCAAGGAAAGGGAUGAGCUCAGGACCAAGCUGAAAACUGAAGAGGAGAAAAACAGUGACCUUCAAUCCAAAGUCAAUAUGAUGAAGAAGAGACUUCAGUCCUUGGAGACUGUUGAAAGGGAGUUUUUGAGGAACAAAGCUAAAGACGAAAAGAUAAAAAUCACAAACCGCUUCCACCAGGAAGACAACAAAUUGAAAGAUUUGACACAGGAGGUGGAACGUCUCAGAAGGAAGCUGAAGGAGAUGAAAAUGGUUGAAGAUGAUCUACUGAAGACAGGGGAUGAGUUUGAAUCCUUGGAAAAAAGGUAUUCCAAUGAACAUGAACGAGCAAAAUUACUGAUGGAAGAACUGGAGAUUUCAAGGAAGGAACUUUCCAAAUACCGACUAGCUGAGAAAGAAGAAUCCAACCAAGAACAAAUUCUUUACAAGCGUCUGAAAGAGGAAGAAGCCAAAUCAAGUCAUCUGACCAGAGAAGUAGAAGCACUGAAGGAAAAGAUACACGAGUACAUGGGCACAGAAGAGUCCAUAUGCCGUAUGAAAACAGACCAUGUGACUUUGCAAAGGAAACUUACCCAGCAGGAAGUCAAAAACAAAGAACUGGCAAGAGAGAUGGACACUUUAACAAGAGAGCUGGAGAGAUACCGUCGCUUCAGUAAAAGCCUCCGGCCUGGCAUGAAUGGGAGACGCUUCUCAGAUCUACAAGUCUCUACAAAGGAGGUUCAGACAGACCCAACAGACAACCUUCCUUCUAAUUACAAGAGCCUUGAUCCAUUGGAACGAGCCGUGGUGAAUGGGAAGUUGUAUGAGGAGAGUGAUCUGGAAGAAGAACCCAAUUAUAAUGAGAUUAAUUUUACUAAAUGUAACCCCUCACUUAUAAACAGUGUAAACAACCUGCAGAACAGUAUGAGGCGAGUGAGAGGUCCCUUUUUAAAGAGCAAUCAGCAGCCAAUUAAUGGCAAAGUGCAACAAAACCAGAACGGAACUCAUGUUCAGCAAGGGGAUGUGGUCCUUGCUCACAGUUCAGGCCAACCUCUUCACAUCAAGGUAACACCAGACCAUGGCCAUAACACAGCUACUCUAGCAAUCACAAGCCCUACUACAGAGAACAUCCAGUCCUACACCAGUACAGCAGUUAUCCCAACCAGUGGAGGCCCACCAAAACAAAGAAUCACCAUCAUCCAGAAUGCUUCAGUCUCUCCACACAACAAAACCAAGGGCUGUUCUUCUACAGAAGGCCCCUGCACACCUGACAGAUCAGUGUCACCUCUUACUGUGACAGCUUAUUCCCAAACAAUAACCCCUGACUUCUCUGGUUCAGUGAUACAAGACAGAGCCAUGUCUCCUAUUCAGAUAGUCUCUGUCAGAACAGGAACCCCUGACAGGCCACCAACUGGAGAGCUCGUAGAGGUCUCAGCUGAUCACACUGUUGUCCGUGUAACACCAGAGAGACAAAAUGGCUGGCAACUACAGAGGUCCAAUAGCUCAGGCCCGAAUGUCAUCACCACUGAAGACAACAAAAUCCACAUUCAUUUAGGCAACUCCUACAUACAAGCUAUAAAUAGUGUUUCUCCACCCAUCAGCCCUUGCUAUUCCUCUGGGCAGGAGCAAAGAACUCCAGUAUUAUCCAAUGGUACUCCAGUUAAGGGCAACAACAAAAUCACUAGUAGCAUCCUGAUAAAGCCCACUUCCUCCCCAGUCCCACGAUCCUCACAAAUUACAAUACCUCUAGAAGAAUUCCGACAAUCUGGCCCCACCAGGAUACCAAAACCUAAAGCCUGCAACACACAAAAAGGGACAAAUGGCACAGCCAUGCCAGAAAAAAACAAAGGAGCAGCACAGUCCCCACUCAACUCCGAGAACAGCAUGUCCAACAACCAUCACAUGAUGAACCUCCCUACAAAGUCAUGAGUGCGCAGAUUCAAAUCUAUCUCCUUUAGGGGGAGAAAGUGAAAAGAACUUUUGAAUCUUUUUGAAUCAACUGAAUCAAGUUGUCUUUGUUUUUGUUGCUAAUAGUGAUAAAGCGUGCAUGGGAUAUCCCAUUCACUUGUGAACUUAGUAUUUCUUUUUAUGUUUUUGGCGAGAAUCCACUGAGAUGGGUCUUGAAGGUGCUUCCCGCACCAAGAUAACAAUGAAUGUUUGUCUCUGUGGCACAAUGUCUACAUUCAGUCAUUAAUAUAAUCAGUGCAAUCAUGCAUAACCAAUAAUAAAAUCCCUAACAUUCACAUGUAAAGAAAAUUUUAAAAAUCACAUAGCCUAGUAGGCUAGUCAAAUAGCCUAUGUAAUAGUAGAAGUAGGCACUUAAUUACAUAUUUGACAGGCUUAAUAGUACAACUGACACAGUUAGAUGCAUUGCUUUUUUGAUAAAGGAUGUAUUAAAAUCAAAAGUAUUACAUAAUGUUUGAUUUAUCUUGACAAACUGUUUUAUUUAGUUGUUAAUAAAAAUUGUUUUUAUAUUUCA